AUGAUAGUGUUGGUUACUAUCAAAGAAUUUGGAAAGCAGUCUAUUCCAGUGAUAAGAUCCCACAGCCCGCCCGUUCGACCGCAGCCGCCUUUCAGCCCCUCACAACCCCCUCGACCGCACAGUUCACCAGGACGACCAGCCAACCUCAGUCCUCGAGCAAGUCCUGUAAUAAGGCACACGCCACUUCUGCUACAACCAUCGGUCAGCCCCAGACCACUCACAAUAUUAACUCAAGAACCCACCUCAUCAAUACCAGUUAUAUCACCAUCAAAUAUACCCAUAUCAUCACCAUCCAUACAGUCUAGAGGAGUGAUCAUUAAUCAACAAGCUCCUAACAUUAAUCAAAAUCCGCAAUUGUGGCUAAAACAUUCUAGAAUAAACGGAGUUAAGCCUGAAUUAAUAGGAGGCAAUUUUGCAGUAAAGCCUGACUUAUUAGGAGCAAAUUUUGGAGUUAAGCCUGAGUUAUUAGGAGGAAAUUUUGGAGUUAAACCUGAAUUAAUAGGAGGCAACUUUCCUGGAUCUCCGGUGGACCUUAAACCUCCUGGAAGUCCGAUGGGUCGAGCUGGUACCACUAUGCCAGUACGACAGACUCCUACUGUGAUUAUGGGGGAGGCUGGAGGGGUUCGAACGAUGAUUUGGUCUCAACCCACCCUAUCUACUUCUCCGGUAGGCGAUCCUCAGAUACAUCCUACGACGUCAAACUGGCCACAAGUUAGUAAUACUGAUGAAAGUGCAGCUCAGCUUCUUCUUAAUUUAGGUCAAGACCGACUGAGACCCGUUAGUCGAAACUUAAUACCAUCACCUUCACCCACAUCUCAAUUUACCACGUCUCCGCUCAAUAUGGAACGACUUUGGGCGGGUGACAUACGACAGUUACCAGUAAGCCAGCAAACGCAAGCGCUUAAUCUCACAUCGCCUCCCCCAGGUGUGCCUUUAAUCUAUGGACAAGGCGAUCUUAAACCAACUCUAGGCAUAGCUGAACCAACACCGGGUGAACACCACGAGCAGCAAGAAGAAGAAGAGCAGCCGAUGAUUUGUAUGAUUUGUGAGGAUAAAGCUACAGGGUUACAUUAUGGAAUUAUUACUUGCGAAGGCUGUAAGGGAUUUUUCAAGAGGACUGUACAAAAUAGGAGGGUCUAUACAUGCGUAGCAGAUGGGAAUUGUGAGAUUACCAAGACGCAGAGAAAUAGGUGUCAAUACUGCAGGUUUAAGAAGUGUAUAGAACAGGGAAUGGUGUUACAAGCCGUAAGAGAGGACAGAAUGCCAGGAGGGCGUAAUAGCGGUGCCGUAUACAAUCUCUACAAAGUGAAGUACAAGAAGCACAAGAAACCUUCAGCGAAACAGCAGUCCAAACCUCUGGACAAGAACCUAAUCGGCCAGCAAUUCAAGACCGAGCCGCCGCCAAGUAUUCCCUCCAACCUAGUCAACGGCACGAUCCUCAAGACAGCUUUAACGAACCCCAGUGAAGUCAUCCGCCUAAGGCAGCGUCUGGACAGUGCGGUUUCUUCAUCGCGAGAUCGAAAUUUUUCCGUCGAAUACUCGUUGUCGAUGAUAAAAACUCUUAUAGACUGUGAUGAAUUCCAAGAUAUCGCGACGUUGCAAAAUCUCGAUGAACUCCUCGACCACAACACGGAUUUGAGUGAAAAGCUGUGUAAUAUCGGUGAUUCGAUCGUGUAUAAAUUGGUGCAAUGGACGAAGAGACUGCCGUUUUACUUGGAAUUGCCGGUGGAAGUGCAUACGAGACUUUUGACGCAUAAGUGGCACGAACUGUUAGUGUUGACUACGUCGGCGUAUCAAGCGAUUCAUAAAGCGGCAACUGAGCAGAUGACCACUACGCUAAUAGAGACGGAUUUCACACAAGAGGUGGAGUCCAAUUUGUGUACCCUCCAAAACUGUCUGAUUUCGAUGAUGGGAAGGGAGAUAACAAUUGAACAACUUCGUCAAGACGUGGGGUUGAUGAUCGAAAGGAUAACACACGUCACGUUGAUGUUCAGGCAAAUCAAGUUAACUAUGGAAGAAUAUGUGUGCCUUAAAGUUAUCACUAUGUUGAAUCAAGCAAAGCCUGCCAGUAGUUCGGGACCCAGUGAAUUGGAAACAAUCCACGAGAGGUACAUGACUUGCCUACGCGUGUACACGCAACAUAUGUAUCCUCAACAAGCCACAAGAUUCCAAGACUUACUAGUUAGGUUACCAGAAGGUUUAUGA